AUGACGCUGAGUCCCGAUGGCCAGUGUCAAGUCCAGCACCUGCCGUUUGCGUCAAUCUGCGAGAUGUUGGAGCACUUCCACCAGGAGCCCAUUCCCCUGGAGCACCCCUCGCAAUUGGCAGGCUCCCCCGGUGAUCCCAAGACCGCCAGCGAGUCGCCUCCGCCCCCCGUAACCCUGUCUGCCUACGUAGUGAACACUCGUCGCGGUUCCCGUGUGUGUCCCCCACUGAACGCCACUUCGGCCGCGAACCCCUCGCAUUGGCCGCGCCUGGUGCUCUGUCGGGGGUCCGUGCGGGCGAGCAUCAACGCCGUCUGCUCGGACGUCGCCUCGGUGGCCGCAAGUGUCGCGACCCGCGCUGUCCAAAACCAGUACAUCCUCAUGUGA